AUGGUUAUCAAAGUCUUUCUCGCCUCUUCAUCGGGUUCAACAGCGAUCAAAAAGAAACAGCAGGAUGUUCUAGGCUUUCUCGAAGCCCUUAAGAUCGACUUCACACAGUUUGACAUCGCCUCCAACGAGGAGAACCGUAUGUGGAUGAGGGAAAACGUCCCCGAAGAGAAGAAACCCACCAACGGUAUUCCACUUCCUCCUCAAAUCUUCAACGAAGAGAGCUACUGCGGGGAUUAUGAAACAUUCUUUAAUGCAAAAGAGGACAACCAGGUGUACGCCUUUUUGGGUCUGCCCCCUCCACCAGGGUCUAAGGAAGCGCGAGAGGCCGAGAAAGAGGUGAUCUUAGAGAACGGGACUCACGCCGAGGAACAGCCUGAUGAUGAGACAACAAAAAGAGAGAUCCCUGCAGAGGAGCGCAAUGGAGAGGCACACUCAGAGGAGGAGGCCACGGGAGAAGGAGAACAGGAGGUAGCGGAAGAUGGGGAGGAGGGAGAUGAAGAGGAAGAAGAAGAAGAAGAAGAGGAGGAAGAGGAAGGAGAGGAAGAACAAGAAGAUGAAGAAGAGAGUGAAGGUGAUGAAGAUAGGGAAGAAGACGAACAGCCGGUUUCUGAGGGAGAAGAGGAUUUGGUGUCGGAGGAGGAAGAAGAGCUUCGACAGCUUGAGGAACAAGAAGAGCCAGUCAGUGAGGAAGGAGAAGAGGAAGAUGAGUAA